CCUGUAAUCGUUACCGGAACUAUUCGCUCGCUUUUCAAACAUGGCGAAUGACAAGGAUCCUUUCAGACAGUUGAGAGAUCUUGCAACGCUGAAAGAUCAGUUGGAGGACAUCCAGCAGCGCUUGGAGAAUGAGGUUCAAGUUGGCAUGCCUCAGGGAGGCAGUUUCCUUUCCUCUCCCUUCCUCAAGGGCUUCCUCGCCGGCUAUGUGAUCGCAAAGCUGCGUUCCUCUGCUAUCCUGGGUGUGGCUGUGGGCACAUGCACUGGCAUUUUUGCAGCACAAAACUACCGCGUGCCUAACAUUGAGGCAACCUUGAAAGAUUUCAGCUUCUUUAAGAAAGGAUCCAAGUGAAUUCUUCCCCGGUUGCCCUAAACUUGAAAACCAUGGGUGAUGGACUGCUGACCAUGUCACACUAAAGAGUUUCCAUCGGUGAGGGCAUCGUGGUGGAGCAUCUCCUAGCAUAUGCAGUGGCACUUUGUAUUUAUCGUUUGGUGUCAAUUUAAUUGGAAGUGUGUUUUUGUUCACGUGUGAGGAAGAUUUUCUGGGAUAUUCUUUGUGGACCCACACUCAGAGUGUCUCAAGUCCUCAGCCUGGAAUGUUGUUUUUUUUUUUUAUUUACAUCCUAUCUAAGUUACAUGCACAGUUUGGCCUUAGGCUAAGCUUGACCCUUUUCUGUCAUAUAAUGACAUUAUGGCUCUGAUGUUUGAAUGAAACCAGAUAUGUGCUGGAAUAACUCUGUGUUCAUUCAAGUACACACAGGCAGUGAGGCCUGCUUUUGCUAAAUCUGCUCUUGCUAAAUUUGACCCUUGAUUCUUUUAGGUUCUAAGUACCUCCAUUUACAGGGAUAUUUUAGACCACCUCUAUACUCAGGAGAAGUGUAAAUUGUGAAGAAUAAUGUUAGGUACUGCUUUGAUAAUGUUGUAUAACUAGUGUAGCUGACUGCCAUUAUGCUUCUACUGUGCCAGCAGACCACUGGUGCCAUUCAAGUAUAUAUUUCCCCCUCUGUAGCCUUCUGACACAUACACAAGAAGACCUUAAUAUCUUGACUGCUGUGCAGUUGAUCUGGGACUCAAUGUAUAUCAUUCUCCAAACAGCCUUACAUAAAAACCAUUACGCAUGCACUGCCUGUCUAGUAGAUUACUUCAUGUUCUGGGUGCUGGGUCGGGCUGGGCAAGGCUGUUGCACUCAUCUACAAGGAAAUGCAGUGAGGUUCUCUUUUGAGAUGUUGUCUUUGUUUAAAGUUUUAUGGCAUGCAUGUGGAUAGACUUGUAGUCUUUUUUUAACAUACAACCUGGGAACUGGAACCAUUUUUUCCAAUUUGCAUAUAAAUGUACUUUCUAAGCAUUUG